GGAGAAUUAUCCCUUGUUGAAACUUGAAGCAUCAGAUCUUGGAAGCCUAGUGCAAAACUUAACUAGUCUCGAAGUACUUUCCCUCAGUUUCGUAAAUGUAUCUUCGGCAAUUCCUCAUUCCAUGGCUAAUUUAUCAUCUUUGACAACCCUCAACCUCAGGGACUGUCACCUGUUUGGUGAAUUUCCAGUGAGAAUUUUCCAACUGCCAAACCUAGAAUCUCUUAGUGUGAGAUACAACCAAGAAUUGACUGGAUAUUUUCCUGAAUUUAAUCAAAGCAGUCCUCUCAUCUUACUGAAAGUCGGCUUUACUGGCUUUUUUGGAACAAUACCCUCUUCAAUUCAAAACCUUCAUUCACUGCAAAGCUUCGAUGUGGCUCAAUGCAAUUUUUCGGAAGGGUUGGUUCCAUCUUUUCUUGGGAAUCUUAGGCAGCUCACUUAUCUAGACAUUUCAGCCAAUAAAUUUGGAGGUCUAAUUCCUGAUUCCUUGGCAAACCUUACCCAACUGGCUACUUUUAGGAUUAGUACAAGUUUUUUAACUGGUCCAAUCCCAUCUUGGCUAGGCAACUUUAGCAAACUAGAGUACCUAGAUUUUGCUUUUAAUAGAUUAAAUGGUUCAGUUCCAGUGUCAUUUUCAAAUCUCACAAACCUUCAGAUCCUGUAUCUACAUUCGAAUACUCUGACUGGUGCAGUAGAGUUUCAAAUGUUUCAAAAUCUACAAUCUCUUUACCAACUAGAAUUAAGCUGGAACGGUUUAGAACUUGUCACUGAAUCCAGAAUUUUGAAUUCAACGGUUAAACAGUUCACCGUUCUUGGAUUGAAUGAUUGCAACAUAGGAGAGUUUCCAUCCUUCUUACAAUAUCAGAAGGGGUUGACAUGUUUGGAACUUGCUGGAAACAAAAUCCGAGGCCAAGUACCAAAAUGGAUGUGGAAUACAAGCUUAGAAAACUUUGCUAUUUUUAGACAUUUCUAAUAACUUCAUUUCAGACCAACCUCCACUUGUCCUUCCUUGGGUGAAACUGUUAGGUUUAAGGUUUUCGUCCAACAUGUUUCAUGGAUCACUACCGAUACCUCCACCAACCAUGCUAGAAUAUGCAGCUGCAGACAACAACUUUACUGGAGAAAUCUCACCGUUGCUUUGCAAUAUGAAAAAUCUUCUGUCCCUUGACUUGUCGAAAAAUAAUUUGGGUGGCAUGCUUCCUCAGUGUCUCGGAAACUUUAGUGAUCAUCUGAUUCUUCUACUUCUCGGAAACAACUGUUUUCACGGAAUUAUUCCUCAGACAUACAACAAAGGAAGCAGUUUGAGAAUGAUUGAUGUGAGUCAUAACAAGUUGCAGGGGCAGUUGCCGAGGUCAUUGGCCAAUUGUGUGAUGCUUCAGUAUCUUGUUUUGUCAAACAAUCGUUUCAAUGAUGUUUUUCCCAUUUGGUUGGGGACUCUUCUAGAGUUAAAACUUUUGGCAAUGCGCCAUAAUGGAUUUUACGGUGUGAUUGGGAAAUCUAGAAAGAAUGUCAAUUUCCCCAAGUUACGCAUUCUUGAUUUGGCUUACAAUGAUUUUACUGGUGCGGUUCCAUCUAUGUUUCCAGAUAUUACUGUAAACAAGUCAGCAUAUAUGUACACACGCAUAGGUUAUGAUAAUGGAUUCCCGGUUUGGAAUAGUGUUGAUUACCAACUCACAAUAGCAACAAAAGGUUUGGAGCAAUACUACCCAAAGAUCCGAGAAGAAUUUGCAUCCUUUGAUAUCUCAAGCAACAAAUUUGAAGGGAAAAUUCCACAAUUCAUUGGGAAUCUUAAGGAGCUUCGCUCGCUGAAUCUAUCCCACAACAUUCUCACUGGUUCUAUCCCAUCAUCCCUUGGAAACUUGAUGAAGCUUGAAUCAUUGGACCUUUCACAAAACAAGCUCUCAGGACAGAUCCCCCAACAACUGAGUCGACUUACUUUGCUCGCCAAUUUCAAUGUGUCUCACAACAGUCUCACAGGUCCUAUACCACAAGGAACCCAACUUACUUCCUUGAAUGCCACUUCAUACGAGGGAAACCCAGGGUUGUGUGGAGAUCCAUUGCCAAAGAAAUGUGGAAAUCCUAAGGCCCCUGAACUUCCACCUUCAACCGUUGACGAAGGUGAUUCUAGCUUAGAAGGCAUAUUUGAAUUUGAUUGGAAAAUUGUUUUGGCUGGAUGUGGAAGUGGGUUGGUAGUGGGAGUAGUUCUUGCAGAUGUUGUGAUCACAAGGAGGCCCGACUUUUUUCUUAAGAUUGUUGGAAUGAUCAGGCAAAUGAUAAGGAAAAUUUAGAGUACUAGUGGGGGAAGUAGAAAUUCAGUUUGUUGUCGUUUGUUUUCUCUGUUGUGGUCUCUUUCCUUCACUUUCUAUAUGUUUAGUUAUAAGUUUGUAUCAGGUUAUGUAAGUGUGUAUCCCUCCUAUUUUCUUAUACUUUCGGUUUCUUUUCUUUCUUCUUUCUUUAAUUUGAGGGGUAAAAUUUAUGUCCUCCUGAUUAGAUGUAACUUCUUUUUUUUAUAUUUUCUCUCGUACGGUCGAUGUUUCUUUGAAAAAAAAAAAAAAAAAAAAAAAAGAAGGUGGAAUGUAUUGGUGCUUUUUAGCUUUUA